GCCGCUUCCUGGAAGCCGCCCCUGCCCCCAGUGCCGCCCUCCGCGCGCAGCUAUCAGAAGCCGCCUCUCCCCCGGGACACGCUGCUCCACAAUGCCCAGAGGCCUCCUCUGCCUCUCGGAGAAGAUGUCAAGGAGCCGCCUCGGGAUGAGUGGAAGCCCCAUGGCCCCUCAGCCAGCCCUCGCGUGGAUAUGGACAUGGACCUGUCCUCUCCGCCACAGUCACCUGCCCAGUCGUACAUGCCCCCAGGACCCUCGCUUGAGACGGACUCUUACAUGUCUCAGUCUCGGCCGCCACAGAACUCCUCGUCGCAGCCCUACCAGCCCCGUAAGGCAGUUCCACGCACCUUUUCAGAACACCCUCCUCCAGCCGUUUCUCAGCCUUACCAGUCCCAGGCUUACCAACCCGUGCCCCAGACCUCAGCUUGCCAACCAGGCCAGCCUGUUACUCCAUCUGACUCGCGCUUCGCCCCAUCCCAGAUUCCUCAGGCUGCUCUUGAACCUCAGGAGUUAAGACAGGGCAGUGGUCCAGACAUAGAUAGUAGGUGUGAGCGACAGCAAGCCGCCCUGCACGCAGACCCCUCCACAAUGACCGCCCAGUUGAGCAUUCAACCACCAGAGGAUCCCGAGGAAAGUUUGAGAUUACAACAGCUACAGGCGGCAGCCACACAAUGGCAACAGCAUCCACAGCAGCGAGUGGGUUUCCAGUAUCAGAGAAUAAUGCAGCAGCAUGCACAGUUGCAACAAAUUCUACACCGCUAUCAACAGAUCAUACAGUUGCCGCACUUGACUACAAUGUCAGUGGAUAUGCAGCUACAGCAUUAUGAAACACAGAACAAACAGUUCCAGCCACUUUACAAGGAGUGGGAACGUGAAUUUCAGCAGUGGCAGGAUCAGGUUCAGGCCUACCCUCACAAAGACCAACUUCAUGAGUGUGAGAAACAGUGGAAAAUGUGGCAAGGACAGAUGAAAGUCACUCACACCCACCUUCAGGAGAAAGUGAAAUCUCUUCGGAACAUGAACAGUCAGUAUACUGGGAGUGUAACUUUGCCGCCUGCAUUUCCUGCAUAUUCUCAAACAGUACAAAGUGGUAUGUCUGUUGGACAGUCUACGUUGCCCUCAGCUGCACUGCCUCCACCUUCCACUGGAUUCUCUUCUGGCCCACAAAAGUCUGAUAUGCCUAUUUCAAAAGAAUCUGGUCCUCAGAGCACCCAGAGCACUGAAACACCGAGGCCAAAUUUGUACUCUACUCCUGGUUCUUUUAAAGUUACUGAGUCACUUCCCACUACCCAAAGUACAGAAAUGUCCAGGCCAGGUCUAUUUCCUACUCCUGCCACAGCUGCUUUUUCAUUUAAAGCAACUGAGUCUUCUACCACCUCACAGGCCUCAGAGACAACCAGGCCACCUCCAUUUCCUUCUCCUGCCUCGUACUCAUUUAAAGAGUCACUUCCCACUCCCCAGACUACGGAGAUGGCCAAGCAAGGUCUGCUUCCUGCUCCUGCCACAGCUGCUUUUUCAUUUAAAGCAACUGAGUCUUCUACCACCUCACAGGCCUCAGAGACAACCAGGCCACCUCCAUUUCCUUCUCCUGCCUCUUACUCAUUUAAAGAGUCACUUCCCACUCCCCAGACUGCGGAGAUGUCCAAGCAAGGUCUGCUUCCUACCCCUAACGCUGCUUCUUUUUCAUUUAAAGCAACUGAGUCUUCUACCACCUCACAGGCCUCAGAGACAACCAGGCCACCUCCAUUUCCUUCUCCUGCCUCUUACUCAUUUAAAGAGUCACUUCCCACUCCCCAGACUACGGAGAUGUCCAAGCAAGGUCUGCUUCCUACCCCUACUGCUGCUUCUUUUUCAUUUAAAGCAACUGAGUCUCCUGCCACUUCCCAGAACAUGGAUGCAACCAGGCCACCUCUGCUUCCUACCCCUGCUUUUCCUUUUAAAGGUAAUGAUACAUCCGUCAUCACUCCGGCCAUGGAUAUUGUCAGGCCAGGCCUGCUUCCCACCCCUUCUUCUGCUUCUUCCUUUUCAUUCAAAGCUGCUGUUUCACCUGCCAUGACCCACGCUACAGUGGAUGCAACCAGGCCACCUCUUCUUCCCACCCCUGCUUCCUUUACUUUUAAAAUUACUGAUACAUCUACCACCCUGAAUUACAACUCAAAUGUGACAUCAUCUGCUAGCACUUCAGACCAAGGCAGUUCUUAUGCGCCUCUGGGCAAACAGGCAAUGCCAUUUGGUUCUGUUUCUUCAGAACUAACUUCUGCUGAAGUAAAACCUCACUCUACAGUGUCCUUCUCAUCUGCAUCCACCACCAGCACCACUACUACCUAUCAGAGCAGGCCAGGGAGGUCAGCCGGGUUUCCUGAUUCUGCCAGGGGACAGCACCAUGAAGGUCCAAGGGUGUCAAGAUUUGAUGCACCACGAGGAAGAGACUUCGAUAAAUUUGAACCUGCAAGACAGCAAGGACCUCAUUUUCAAGGGCAACGUUUAGAAGGUCCAAGGCCAAGAUUUCAAAAUCAGCUUGUAGAUGGAUCUUCAGGCAAACAGGGGACAAUCCCCCGGGGCCCAGCAGCAGCAUUUUAUACUCCCUCAGGCACUUCACAAAUGCAGGCUUCCCAAGCAAGUGAACCAAGGUGGCGGGGGCCUAGGCCUCCUUUGGGACAACAGAACCAUCAGACAGAACAUAAGGAAUCUUUUACUGAUAUGAGCAAUAAUCAGACAGUGGCAAAUAAAUCUAAACCUAGACCAGAUACAAAGGUUACUGGUUCUGUUCAGCCAGGUACAGUCAUGUCUAAAGCACAGCAAAAUUCGUCCAAAAAAGAGGGCAGAGAAACAAUGUCAGAAACAAAGAAACCAAGCUCUGCGGAGACUGAACUGCAAACAGAAGAAUCAAAGAAACCUCCUCAUACUUCGGGUGUUCUCCAUCAGACACCAGGUUCCACUGUUCCAGGGGGGAAGAAAAUGUUACCGCCAGCGCCAAUGGGAAGUAAAGAGUUGAAUUCUGCAGAAAACAAACUGACUUCUUCUGAAAAUAAUCAGAGCAAGGAGCCAUCUAAACUGGAAAGCCGGGAGGGAGGACAAAUCAAGCCAGGAGAUAACCAGGCCAAAGGGCCAGCAGGCAGGGGCAGGGGCCAGGGUAGAAUGGAAGACAAUAGAGGUAGAGGCCGAGGCCGAUUUGAUGAUGCCAGAGGCAGGGGAGUACCAAACAGAGGUAGAGGUCUGACCAGAGAUAUAGGUGGCAGAGAUGUGAACAGUGGGCCAGGAACCCACAACAGGAUGCCAGAGGGCCAGUCGGGCACUUGGGAAUCUGGGGUGGGUGGACAGUCGAGCAACCAGGAAACGGCAUUGGGAAGGCAAUCGAGAAGCCAAGACAGAGGGUUACCAGCGAGAGACAGGGAACCAGCCCCCCAGAUGGGCAGCAGCGAGAGAGGCCAUGCAGAUAGCCGGGAAAAGGGCUUAGGCAGGCAACCCAGUAGUCAGGAAAGGGGACUGGACCGACUGUCUAGUAUCCGUGAAAGGGGACCAGGUCGGCGAGCUAGUAGCCGGGAGAGAGACCCAGUCAGAAGGCCUAGUAGCUGGGAGAGGGAUCUGCACAGACGUGACACAGGCCUUGGAGGUGGUAUGGAUAAUUUGCCUCCAUUUCGUGAAGAACCACCCAGGCCUCCAUGGUCUUACGGAGAGGCAGGCAUGGAAGAGGAGCGCUCAUUUGAAUACCAAGAUAUUCCUCCUCUAGAGCGCAGACGAUUGGAUGAUUGGGAAAGAGACAGAUACUGGGUUGAGCGCGACCAGCGAUAUCAUGAUGAUCCUCUUGAUCCAUAUGAGAGAGAUGACUUGUUAGCACACCGUCAUCCAUUGCCGCCUCUUUCACCUCUUCCCCCUCUACCUCCUUUACCUCCAAUAUCUGCUGAUCUUGAUAGACGAGAACCAUAUUGGGAUGACUGGGAAAGGCCAUUGGGAAGAGAGAGACAGCUAGACAGAGAUCUGGACAGGGUCCGAAGACCCUUGGAUGUGUAUGAUCGUGAUUUAGAAAGAGACUGGGACAGAGAUUACCUAAGACCACUGGAUGACAGAGAUACGCUUAGUGAUCUGGACAUACCUCCUCUCCCACCUUUGCCACCCCUUCCUCCACUUCCUCCUUUAGACAGAUACCGUGAGGAGCGAUGGCUGGAGGAGAGAGAGAGGGAUUUCUAUGAUAGAGAUUCCAGAGACCGUGGGGAGCUCAGAAUUCGAGAGUAUCCAGAGAGACAUGACACAUGGAGGGAACCAUCUGAUUUCCCACCCGACGGGGGUGAUUGGGAAAGGGAAAGAUUUUCUGAUAGGUGGUAUCCAGAUGAAAUCGACAGAUUCCCACGUUUAGAUGAUCGUCUGGAUCCACCACCUUUGCCACCACGCUCAUCUGAAUUGCUGGGAGAUGAGCCAAAUUUAGCCUCUGAGCCAUCGGUGAGAGGUGUAAUGGUCCUUAGUCAAAGGCAACAUGAAAUAAUCCUGAAGGCUGCCCAAGAGCUAAAAAUGCUACGAGAACAGAAAGAACAUAUGAAGAUGAUGAAUGAAUUUGUUCCUGAACUGCCACCAGAAGAAAUUCCUAGACCACAAAUUAGGAAGGAUAACUUUCAGGCCUCUUCUGAAAUGCGGGCUGAGAUACCAAUAGAGGAGCAACCUAUUAAGCCUACUCCAGCUGUAAUAGUAAAAGCACCCGUCCUGUUUCGGAAAGCUACCCCAACUGCUACCCCAGCAUCCAAGCCAGGUGCUGCAGUUGCAAAGCCAUCUGUCCCAGAGACAAGGCUGCCUGUUCCAGCCACAAAGGGACCCCUCUCAGCAUUAAAAAUGCCUGUUCCACCAACACAGCCAGGUACUCCAAUUCCCAUUUCAACUGCAGCAGCCACUCAAGGUCCAGCUGCUAUGGUCAAAUCAUCACCUGCCAUGAGCCAAGAACGUUGGGAUGAGGAUUCUUUCCAGGGACUUUGGGAUAGCAGUGAAGAUAAAGGGUUAAAAUCAGAGAAUGACUUACCUGCAUCAGAUCUCUCAUUACCUUCAUCGACAGUCGCAACUUCCUUUGGGUCGGGUAUAGCACAACUUUCCAAGCCACCAAUUAUUCAUCAAACUGUUGACUACGGGCAUGGACACAGCCAUGGGCAAGAUAUAACCAGUAGUAAAGGUGGACAAAUUCCUUACGGGGAGCGUAUAACACUGCGUCCAGAAGCUCCUCAUGAGAGGCAGCCCUUUUCAAAAGAACACCCAGGCCAACGGGAUCGAUAUAUCAAGGAAAGAGAUGCUUAUUUUGAGCGGCAAAAUAAUGCCAAUAUUGAUCACAGAGACUUCAGGAGAGAGAGAGAGCCAUAUAGGGACCGUAUUUCUGGAGAACAUGAACGGGAAAGAUUUGACAAAGAACGCUAUCAACGAGAUGACAGCAGGCCAUCUCCUUCAAGAGCUCAGUCCUAUCGUGACAAAGACCAUUCAAACUCAAGACGGGGAGGGUUUGAAAGACAAUCAUAUGACAGAAAACCUGAUCGUCCACCUUAUGACCAUGGGCCUCCGAUGUUUGGAGGUGACCGCAGAAAUUACCCUGAAGAAAGAAUGCCCAUAUCUGCUCCAUCAUUACCCCGACAACCACCACCUGCCCCUCGUGUAGAGAGGAAACCAGAAUCCAAAAAUGUGGAUGAUAUACUGAAGCCACCUGGAAGGGAGAGUAGACCAGAGAGGAUUGUCAUUAUCAUGAGAGGAUUGCCAGGCAGUGGAAAGACUCACGUUGCUAAGCUUAUCAGGGAUAAAGAAGUUGAAUGUGGAGGAGCUGCACCCAGAGUGCUCAGCCUGGACGACUAUUUUAUCACUGAAAUAGAGAAAGAAGAGAGAGACCCUGAUACAAAGAAAAGAGUUAAAAAGAAGAUUUUGGAGUAUGAAUAUGAAGCUGAUAUGGAAGAAAUCUAUCGUGCCAGCUUAUUAAAAACUUUCAAAAAGACUUUGGAUGAUGGGUUUUUCCCCUUUAUCAUCCUUGAUGCCAUUAAUGACAGAGUACGCCAUUUUGAGCAGUUCUGGAGUGCUGCAAAAACAAAAGGUUUUGAGGUUUACCUAGCCGAAAUUACUGCAGACAACCAAACUUGUUGCAAGAGAAAUGUCCAUGGACGCAAGCUCAAGGAGAUCAGUAAGAUGGCUGAUCAUUGGGAAACAGCACCCCGUCAUAUGAUACGUUUAGACAUUCGCUCUUUGCUACAAGAUGCUGCUAUUGAAGAGGUGGAGAUGGAGGAUUUUGAUGCAAACAUUGAAGAUCAGAAAGAAGAAAACAAAAAAGAUGCAGAGGAAGAAGAGAGUGAACUGGGUUACAUUCCGAAAAGCAAAUGGGAGAUGGAUACUUCUGAAGCAAAACUAGACAAAUUGGAUGGCUUGCGAACUGGUGCUAAGAGGAAGCGUGAUUGGGAAGCAAUUGCCAGCAGAAUGGAAGAUUAUCUUCAGCUUCCAGAUGAUUAUGAUACCCGUGCUUCUGAACCUGGAAAGAAGAGGGUAAGGUGGGCAGACCUUGAAGAAAAAAAGGAUGCAGACAGAAAGAGGGCCAUUGGUUUUGUGGUGGGACAAACGGAUUGGGAGAAAAUCACCGAUGAAAGUGGUCAUUUUGCUAAGAGAGCCCUCAAUCGUACAAAGUACAUCUGACGCAAUUUGUCAAGUAGAAUUUUUCUACCUAUGAGGCAAUUUCCUUUGAUGAGAACUGAAAACAGGGUGACGCGGAACUUGUCAUCGCCCUCUGGAGAGUUGUGCGGUUCUUUUCUUUCGAAACUUCAUUUUUUUGUGUUCUUCCCUAUUGCAUUCCUUGGAAUUCUACCUGGUGAUAUCCAGCACCCCCAAGUUAUAUGGAGCUUGCAUCUAAAUGUGAAAGGUUUUUGUGUUAAAAUUAGUAGUUCUAGCUUUUAUGCGUGCAGUAGAGUGGAAAGAUGAGGCCAUGGACAUUUCUUCUUCUGUACUGUCGCAGAAUGUCAGCAUUACAAUUGCAUUGUUGCUUUGUGGCUGUUGUUAUUUUUUACUGUACAAACUUUGUAGUUUAUUGUACUAGAAAACAGAACAAUAAACUUUCACUACGAACCUAGUGAAUGACUUAGUCGACCA